ACAAGCGGGGAGUGUACUACUACUACAACAACAACAACGUGCGGAAGUAGUAAUUUCGCGGGAGUUCUCCACGCUCUAGUCCCUAAUCUCCGUCUCGUAUGAUCACGCAUAUCGUCUCACACCGUGCAGAUCAUCGUGCGGUCCGUGUGCAUGGUCACUUUUGCGUGACUGCAAGCCGGCUGAGACUUCUGCAAUAUAUAAGAAGAGACUGAUACACAGAUGGAUGCUGCUUUGCCUGUUGAAGAGAAACCUGCCAGUGUAAGUGCUCCAGAUCACACAAGUUCCUCCAGCUUGGACUUCCCAAAUGUCAGGCAAAAGGUGGACAGUGAGAAACCUGGGAAUGGCGAAGUAAAAAUAGAGGUGGAUGAGAAAGACCAUCAGAUCAGCCAUAAAGAAGAGCCUGAAAAUGAGGGGAUGAGUCCAGAAGAAAGAGGCAUAAAAGAGGAAGAGAUGGCGUCAAAGCAUGGAAACUGUGCAGAAGAACGGAAAGAGAGUGAGGAUAUGGCUGAGGAGAAGAAUAAUACCGGCCAGGAGGAGGAGGAGGAGGAAGAGAAGAACAUAUCACAGGUACAUUCGGAUCUAAGCCUCCAGCUAGAUAAAGAUAAAACACUAGACGAGAAUAUUUUGGACAAUGAAGGAAAAGAGGAUAUGGAAGAGAUGGAGGAGACAUCUGAGGAAAAGAACAAAACGGAAGAAAUGGAGCACGAGAAUUCAGAGCAAUAUCGGGAACCCAAAGUCAUGGAUGUAAAUGUAGUUGGGGCAGUUACCCCUGAAGGAGAAGGCGUAAAAGGCGACCCAGAAGAGAAGAUGCAGGUGGCUGAUCCGGAAGCUGCAGAGCCUUUUGUGAACGUAGGUUUGUUUGAAGCCAAAACCGAAAGCUGUUUGGGUGAGGAACGCUCUGAGAAGGUUUCUGAAAGCGCAUCACAAGACUCAUCUGAAAGCUUGAUUAAAACAGAAAACCAUACAAAUCAAGAUUGGGAGAAGAAACUGCCUGGACACACACCGGAGCAUUCUGUCCAUCCUGAAAUGGAGGCUGAGAAAAAGACGGCUCCUCCCACUUCUGCUUCCCUUCUCGUGAAGAUCAAGGAUGAACCUGUGGACGAGGAAUAUGAGAAAGCUCUUGGUCCUCAGGCUCCAGCUGGAAACAUCAAGGACGAGCCAGAUACAUCUGAAGAAUUUGGCCAGAAGACCUCAGAGCAGAUCAAGAUCAGUGCUGUGUUCUCCGUCGGUGGGAGCUCCAUGGAAUUAGGAUCUCCAGUUGUGGCUGCUGCAGCAAAUGCCCCAUCGAACACCUCAGUGCCCGUCCCGUCUUUAAAAUCUGCCACAUCCCUGUGUGUGGUGUGUUCAGGCUGUAAAAAAAUCCUGCUAAAAGGCCAGACAGCAUUCCAGCGUAAAAGCAGCCCUCAGCUUUACUGCUCACCGCGCUGCCUCUACAGCAGCACAUCUGCAGAGUCGGUGGCCAUGACUAGCUCUAAAAAAUCCUGCUAUUACUGCCUCAAAAACAUUCCAAACCCAAAGGAUGUCAUCACUGCUCCUGUGGACUCAGACAAAUCAGUAAAGGAUUUCUGCAGUCAGAAAUGUCUCAGUGCCUUUAACUACAAGAGGGACAGUGCAUUUUCUGCACUUGCCACAAAAUGCAGCAUGUGUCAAAAAUCCUGCACUAUUCGCCAUGAGGUGAACUUCAUGGGCAGUGUUCAUAAGCUAUGCAGUGACGCCUGCUUUCAUCAGUUCCGCGCAUCCAAUAAGCUCAGCAUGAACUCCUGCAUAACGUGUGGAGGCUAUUGCUACAGCGGCGAUGACAAGGGCACAACCUUGUUAUUGGACGGCAGCGCUAAGAAGUUUUGCAGCCAAAACUGUCUCUCCACCUUUAAAAAGAAGUACACGAAGGUCGUGCCCUGUACGAUGUGCAGAGUUUACCGAACCAUAACAGAAAUGGUGGAAAGCAUAAAUUCCGAGGGUAACACAGAGCUCUUCUGCUCCACUGCAUGCGUGACUGCUCACAAAGUGCAGACGGUCAGCUCGUCAGGUUCUGCACUGAAAUGCAACCACUGUAAGAAGGUUCUUGUGCCUCAGUAUCACCUCGCCAUGUCAGACGGUACCAUCCGUAACUUCUGCUGCUUCACCUGUGUUGUAUCAUUUCAGGAUGCCUUCAACAAGACAAAUACUCAGAGCAACCAGCUUAAUGUUGCUCCUCCUCUUAGCACCACUCAGUUGAAGUCUGCCCCCACGGUGCAGCCUGUAUCUGCAGAGUCCAGCUCGCCCAGCGUAACCCAAAACUCCUCAGUGACCAAAUUCUCCUGUGUACAGUGUCAGCGUUCAUUCUUCUCCAAACCUGAGCUGCUGGAAUUUAAGGGAAAGAUGUACGUGUUCUGUGAUAAGACAUGCAUUGACGAGUUCAGGAGAACACACUACAUCAUGGCACAGUGUGUGUACUGCAAAAUCGAAAAGGUGGUAAAGGAGGUGAAGAGGAUUAAUAAUGUGGACUGCUCUUUCUGUAGCGAAGGCUGCAAACUUCUCUACAAGCAUGACCUUGCUAAACGCUGGGGAAAGAGACAUUGUCGCAACUGUCUCUACUGCAGCAGCACUUCCCAGACUGUCAUGACCAGCAUCUUUUCUGGUAAACAAGAGGAGUUCUGUGGGAACGAAUGCCUCUCUCAGUACACAUUGUUAUUCUGUGAGGUGGCCAAAUGCAGCAUGUGCAAACGUGCGAGGAAGAUGACGGAGUCAGUAAAAUGGCUGAAUGACAUGAAACACUUCUGUAACCUCAAGUGUCUGAUGCUCUUCUGUAGUCAACAAGCGUGCACUACGAUCUCUCCUGGAAAUGCUUCUAAACCUUCUCUUACUCAAAGCUCGACAGUGCCAAUCUCCAUAGCACCUGUGGCACAUUCCACCACCACCAACAAACCAACUCUUCCAUCAUUGGUUCCAAAAGAGGCCACGCCUGUUAUCGCCAAUGUUAUCUCGCUGUCCAGUGCCACCAAUGGACAGCCUAAUGUCCUGGGAAGUGCAGCAUUGCAAGGAACUGUCCCUACUGUUGUGAAGCUGUUAGGACAUGCCAGCACACAGACGGAUAGUGUGAAGACUCCCACUGUUCCCCCGAGAAUCCUGAAGAACAAAGCUUUGCUGUGCAAACCGAUGAACCAGAACAAGGGCACAUCCUGCAAACCCAACACUUCCAAUAUUAACACACAAACAGAUGAAACCCCACCUAAAGUAAUAGUGUUACCCUUACCAGUGCCUGUGUUUGUUCCUGUGCCUAUGCACCUCUUCACACAGUACACACCACACCCUGUUGGACUUCCUUUUCCGGUGCCAGUGCCUAUGUUUCUGCCCACUACUCUGGACAGUGCUGAGCGAAUAGUAGAGACCAUUCAGAAGAUCAAAGAAAGAAUCCCAGACAACCCUCUGGAGGCCGACCUGAUCAUGAUGGCAGAUAUGGUGGCGGAGGACAGUGAGAAGGACAAAGCUGUCUCCCAAGGAGACCAGGAUGAUAAUUUUAUCGAAGAUUUCGAUUUGGAAGCCCUCUCCAGCCACCUAAGUUGGGAGGACGACAGCAUCUCCAGCACCUCCCGAUGGGUACAUAACUCAGAGUCUGAAAAAGUGCCACCAUCCAGAGAGGCAGAGCAGUCUCCUCCCAGCCCACCCCCACAAGAGUCCCAAAUGGACCUGGAGGCAGAUUUUCCAGUCGCAGAGAGCAUUGAGCAUUUGGAACACCGCACACAGGAAGACAAGCCCGUAACCACCAGGGCGAAAACGCGCAAGAAGAAUCGUGAUUGUUUCUCUCACAAAAAACGAGCUCGUAAACGCGCAGAAGCUCCUCAGUCAUCAGCAGCUGAUGUUCCUCACCCGACUAAAGUGCACACUGAAUACGGCAUUCAGGCAUGGAAGAGCUGGGUACGCUGGAGGGAAACGCAGCCUACUAUGGAGAUGCCCAAAUUUGGCUCACGUAACAUUACAAUAAAGGAGGACCUGUUACAGUGCACCACGGCUGAAUUGAGCUACGGCCUCUGUAAGUUCAUCAGUGAAGUUCGUCGCCCUAAUGGAGAAAAGUACAAACCAGACAGCAUCUAUUACCUCUGCUUAGGCAUUCAGCAGUACCUUUUUGAGAAAAGCAGGAUGGAGAACAUCUUCACUGACUUUUUCUACACUAAAUUCAGUCAAAUUUUGUCCAGUUUACUGAAAGACUGGAAACCCACUAUACUUCCAAGUGGCUACGUGCACUCUCGAAUGGAAGAAGAGUAUCUGUGGGAGUGUAAACAGUUGGGCGCUUUCUCCCCGAGCGUGCUCCUCAACACUCUGCUUUACUUCUUCACCAAGUUCUUCAACUUUAAGACUAUAGCACAGCACCGGCGCCUUUCCUUCGCCCACAUCAUGCGCUGCACGCGCUCACAAAGCAACGGGAGCAAGAUGUCCUGCCUCCGCUUUUACCCUCCCGUGCACAAAGAAAACAAAAAUACAUCGAACGAAGAAACAGAUGGCGUCCCUGCCAAGAGGAAAAAAGAAGAGGAAGAGGAGGAAGGAGUGGUGCUGGAGAUGCAGGAGAAUGUUGAAAACCCUCUCCGUUGUCCCGUUAGACUCUAUGAGUUCUAUCUCUCCAAAUGCUCAGGCACGGUAAAGCAGCGCACCUCUGUCUUCUAUCUACGUCCAGAGCGCUCGUGUAUCCCCAACAGCCCCUUGUGGUUCUCCCACAUGUCACUGGAUGACAGCGAGCUGGAGAGCAUGCUCGGUCGCAUCCUCACCAUCCGAGAGAUCCAUCUGGAGACUGAAAAGCCUCUGAACGUUUCUGAAUCAGAGAACCAAAGUGAUUCAGAAUAACACAACAGUGAUGCUUCAUCUACAGACCAGAUGCUUUAAAACAGGAGAUGAACGGCUCUAGAAAGCCACUUUGUGAUGAGCCGAGUUCUUGCUAUGUUUCUUGUUAAUGUGUCUCAGACUUUGUCGAGGACGUAGCGGUGCUCAGUAAGGAGAAACGUGGCUGGAAUCCAAAUCUACAAGCGCACAAUAUUCAAUUUCAGUCCUGUAGAUCAUUCUGCGGUGCUUUUUGUUCACUAUUCUGUUUCAAACGGUUCACAUUUUACAAAAUAACACACACUGUCUAAAAUCACACCAUCGGACACACUCGAAGAGUCUCUUGAGUUCUGAGUGGCAAAGCAUGAUACGAACUGUUGUAUAGUGCUUUACAUUUACCUGCUUGUAUAAGCUCAUUCAUAUCAUCAUGAAACACUUCCGUUCACUUCUUGUGAUAUUUGGCAACACUAGAUCACAAUAGAUCUCUGUUUCACCCAUUUUUGUGUAAGUAUAUUUUUGUUUUUGAAUCAGUGUUUUGUUUGAUUUUAUGAAAUCCGUCCAUGUCUCAGAAACGCCACCAAACGUCUCUCAGAUUGCAGGUUUUAUUUUCUUCAAUAACUUUUUUUUUUAACUGCUAAGAAAUCCAGCAAAUACUUUAAAUAAUUCAAACAAUUAAUAUGCUAAGAAAAAUCAUGUUUUGUGAUUUUUUUUGAAAAUAAUAAAUAUGAAAUACUGAUAAAGUU